AUGGUUGGUGCAAUAUUUAUAUGCAUUGUUCUCUAUGAUCGCGUUGUUAUUCCUCUAGCAUCAAAGAUAAGAGGGAAACCGGUGAGGAUAAGUCCAAAGACAAGAAUGGGAAUAGGCUUGUUUUUUUCCUUUCUCUACUUUGUAACUGCAGCGACUUUUGAGAGUAUAAGAAGAAAGAAAGCUAUCAAGGAAGGAUAUUUGAAUGAUCCUGAUGGAGUGUUGAAAAUGUCUGCAAUGUGGCUUGCACCUCAACUUUGUUUGAGUGGAAUAGCUUCAGCAUUCAAUGGAAUAGGCCAAAAUGAGUUCUUUUACACAGAGUUUCCGACGACUAUGUCUAGUGUUUCCGCUUCUCUUUCUGGUUUGGCAGCGGCUGUAGGAAACUUGGUAUCUUCUUUUGUAUUCAGCACUAUAGAAAACUUUACUUCAAGAGGAGGAAAACAAGGGUGGAUUACUGAUAAUAUUAACAAGGGUCGUUUUGACAAGUACUAUUGGGUUAUAGCUGGACUUAAUGCUCUUAAUUUUGUAUAUUAUUUAGUGUGCAGUUGGACUUAUGGACCUACUGUUGAUAAAGUAUCUAAGGAGACUGAAGAAAAUGGUACAAAGGAGGAAGAUUCAACUGAACUCAAGAAUGUGAAUCCAUUAUUUGAUGAAAAGGUUAUUAGUGAUGAAACUAGAUCAAUGGAGAAAGAGUUAACUGAACUCAAGAACAGUGAAGAAAAUGGCUUUAAGGAGGAAGAGUUAACAAAGGAUUAA